AAACGGCUGUCUCCCAAUGCACUUAUACAGUUCAGACACCUGUGUAUUUCAGGGUAGUUCACGCUCAUCAUUCCAGUUCAGAGUGCAAUGUUUUGGGUUAAAACUUAUGUUUUGCCUGAGAACGUGGAUUUCACCCCAAUCCUCCGUCUUUGUGCCCAAAAAUAGUGCCUGGAGCCUCCGUGGUGGAAGUUUUAGUGGUGCUCUCCUGAAAAAUAUUUCAUUCUGCAUGUUCAUUUACGGUUUAUCGCUGUACUUUUAUCCAAACAUGCUCAAAAACAACAAUAAUGGGUCGCGCCAACAGCCAGACGGGUUCACGCUCGUCAUGCUGCCUCAACAUGCCCCAUUUCGGCCAUUAAAACCCAAAAUUAAGUUUUUCCAGAAUCAAGUCAACAGGAUGAUAUCAUGAUACUCUUUCUCAGAGGCAGGGCUGGCGGCAUUGGAGAAUGAGCGGGAGCCUGUUGCGGGGUAUCGAAUUUCAAACUACGGAAUGCUAGAAGGGCCACAAUUUAUCGCGCAAAGCGGGGUUGCGUGAUGCCGUUAGUAAAUAGUUUCACUGAAAGCUUCGUUAAAAAUGUGUAUUACGACCAGCCCAAACGUCAGGCCGGCCCACCGGGAACUGUCCCGGUUCUCCCGAUUAGCCACUUCGGGCCUGGUACUGUGCGAUUGCCUGCUGUUGUGAUGUUCAUGCUAACGGCGCGCACGCACGAGGUGCAGUACAUCGUAAAAAUUCUACGCGUCAUCUUCGUUAUGGAUUUUUUUAAAAAAAACUGUCACUGAUAUAAUUUAGGUUGCACUGAAAUGUUUUUAUAAAUUAAAACCACGGUAAAAAAAUUCCAGACUUACGACAGCUAAUUUAAUACUUUUAAUACCUUUAAUAAUGGAAAACUAAAUUCAAUGCCUUUUUAAUACUUUUAAUAACCCGCGGGUACCCUGCGAGUCAUGGUUGAGGUUUACCCAUGCUGACAAUUACAGGCCUCUCUAAUCUUUUCAAGUAGGAGAACUUGCACAAUUGGUGGUUGACUAAAUACUUAUUUGCCCCACUGUACUUGAGUACCCUUCACCGAAUACUUUGUUACCUUGUAUACUUGAGUACUUGAUAUUAUUUUGAAGUAACGCAAUUUUUUUGGGCAACCACUCCAAGGAGUGACUUUGAGGCAGAUGGCGUGGAACGCGGGCCAGACGGAAGCCCCCGAGGCGGGCCAGCUCCAACACCCGCAGCAUGAGGGCUCGCUGUUCCCGGCGUCCACGCUGAUCCCGGUGACGGCGCUGUGCGGGGCCAUUUUGCUGGUGGGCGUGGCGGGCAACGCCAUGACCAUCCUGAUCAUCGGCCGCUCCAAGGACAUGAAGACCACCACCAACCUGUACCUGUCCAGCAUGGCGGUGUCGGACCUGCUGAUCUUCCUGUGCCUGCCCUUCGACCUCUACCGCCUGUGGAGGUACUCGCGCUGGCCCUUCGGCGAGGCCGUCUGCCUGCUCUACCACUACGUCUUCGAGGGCUGCACCUCGGCCACCAUCUUGCACAUCGCCGCCCUCAGCGUGGAGCGCUACCUGGCCGUCAGCUUCCCGCUGCGCGCCAAGGCGCUGGUCAGCCGGCGGCGGGCGCACUACGCGGUGGCCGCCCUCUGGGCCUUCGCGCUGGCCUCCUCGGCGCCCGCCCUUUUCCUGGUGGGCGUGGAGUACGACGCCCAGGCCGGCGCCGGCCAGUGCAAGCACACCGACGGCUCGGUGCGCUCGGGGCGCCUGCGCGUCAUGCUCUGGGUCUCCACCGGCUACUUCCUCUGCCCCGCGCUCUGCCUGGUCGCGCUCUACGGAUCCGUCGGGCUCAAGCUGUGGAGGGGACGCGGGCACGCCGCCCGAGGGCCCGGCGCGCUGGCGCGGGAGCGCGCGCACAGGCAGACCGUCAAGAUACUCGUGGUGGUGGUUCUGGCCUUCAUCAUCUGCUGGCUGCCGUACCACAUCGGGCGCAACCUUUUCGCCCAAGCGGACGGCUACGACACGGCCAUGCUGAGCCAGAACUUCAACAUGGCCUCCAUGGUGCUGUGCUACCUGAGCGCCUCCAUCAACCCGGUGGUGUACAACCUUAUGUCACGCAAGUAUCGCGCCGCCGCCAAGCGCCUCUUCAAAGGUGCGGCUCCUGAGCCGCGCCCCAGCCAGAUAAGUGCCGUCAGCGCCACCGUUGCCGAGAGGGUCCGCCUCGACCUCGUCGCCGUCGAGCGCUAAGCUAACAGGAAGUUCGGAUAUGUAUUAACGAUGUCACAACAUAUCGAAAUGGUUAUAUACCGUGGUACUUUGUAUCCCAAAAGGUUAUCGAUAUGCUCCCGCCAAGAAUCGAUAUAUCGUUUUAAAAUGUUUUGUGUUGUAAACAUUUUCGUUUGUGCUGUAACGGUUUCCUAGAUAUUCAGCUUUAAAUUUGUAGUGAUAGCAUCACGCAGCCCCCAUCUAUGGUGGAACUGAACCACAUUGGUGUCGAUUGUCUGUGCUA